UGUAGCAACCAAAGAUGCUAACCUACUAAAUUAAGUAAGAAAGGAGAUACUAAGACCUAGUGCUUUGCUUCUGCUAAUUCCUCUGUGCACACGGAGGAAUCAUUAUGUGGGGGUUUAAGUACUGAGAUUUCAAGGAUUAAAAAAAAGACACUAAAAAAAUAGUAAAACAGGAAGAAGAAAAAAACUACCAAAAAAAAGCAACUUUACUGGAACAUCACAAUUAGAACACUGCAAAUAUGCUCAGUUCUCCUGCAGCUACUCUCUAUCCUUAUAGUUUCUGGUACCUUAAACCCAGAGACCUCAGUUGUUUUUAAAGGAGCAAGGAAGACAACCACAGAGAAGAGAAAGUCCAAAAAAGCGCCACUACAUAAAUCCAGAGAGACCGUUGAUGGAACAUUGUAGACUUCAUGGAAACAGCUUUAAUGAAAAAGACUUUGAGCAAGCAUCAUAAAAGUGUGCCAAAUGCAGGGAAAGCCCGUGCUAAUAUCUCCACCAGCUCAUCUUCAAAACAGGCUUUGUCAUCCAUUGUGUCAGAUCUUCCCACACUAUCGCCAGACGUGAUAAGUUUAAAUUCUACCAUUAAAAUAAACUCUGGGAAAGACAGGCCAGGGACUGUGAUAGUCUCAAAACGGUCAGCUACUGGAGGCAUGUCUCAGGAUCAAUGGGAUCGGCCCGUCAUUCCAUCAAGAAGACCUGGCUUCAGGGUGUGCUAUAUCUGUGGCAAAGAGUUUGGGUCACAGUCUCUUCCUAUCCAUGAGCCAAAAUGCCUGGACAAGUGGCAUAUUGAAAAUGACAAGUUACCAAAGCAUUUAAGAAGACCAGCACCCAUUAAACCUCAGGCUCUACUUCCUGGAGGAACCUCUAGUACAAUGGCUGAAAAUGCAGCCGCUGCUCAAAGUUACCAAGCUCAGCUCUUGCCCUGUCAAAGCUGUGGUCGCACUUUCCUUCCAGACCGGCUCUUUGUACACCAAAGGAGUUGUAAACUGAAGACUGGCAUGGGUCCUUCAAGCCACAGCUCCCCUAAAUUACUUAGAUCUGGAGGUUAUGGGCCAGCAUCUUCCAUAUCAGACAAGCCUGCAGUGAUAAGGCGGCCCCCAACCAUUAUUUGCUACAUUUGUGGUCGUGAGUAUGGAACUCAUUCAAUAGGCAUCCAUGAACCACAGUGUCUGAAAAAAUGGCAUAUUGAGAAUGAUCAAUUGCCAAAACAUUUGCGAAGACCUGAACCUACAAAGCCAGUGGUUGUAUCCAUAGGAGCCAAAGGUUACUAUGAUCUCGAUGCUUUAAACGAGUCUGCUUGGCAAAGCGCCCAGAGCCAGUUAGUUCCAUGCAAUAUUUGUGGUCGCACCUUCUUGCCAGACAGACUGAUUGUCCACCAGCGGUCAUGUAAACCGAAGACACCAAAAUAAAAUGCUCCUUCUUUCAAGGAGGAGUUGUUUUGAAGAACAACAUCCCUCUCUGACCUAUAGGAUAGGUAGAGGUUUUAACACUGAAGAAUCAUGGCAAUAUAGAGAAUCAAGCUCCAAACAUGCUCCAUGUAAAAUUAAUGGAAUAUUGUUUAUGUAGGUGGAAUAUGGGAUAUGUAGCUUCAAAGAGUGUUUUGUGGCAGGAUUAUUGGCCACAUGGUCCAUAUGGAUGAAAGGAGUUCAAGUACCUUCAGCAGCCUUCAGAACAGACUGUGGCCUUAAGACUGUGUAAUGAAUAUCAUUGGUCCACCACAGCAGACUCUGUUUAGAAGUGGUUACGCCUAUUCAGAAUUAGUAAAUUAGUAAAUCAUGUGCAAGAAUGUGUAUUUUUACUGAUUUAAGAUUCUGUUAACAGCUCUUUAUGCAGGAACAUAAAGACAAUAAAAGCUUCAGUA